CAAAAAAUAUUCUAUCAAUAAAUUUUUAAGCAACAUGCCAAGUUAAUCUGACCUACUGAUAGACGGAUUUCCAAAUUUUUAUUUCUCUUGCAAUAUCAGGAAAAACGGAUAUUCCAGACAAAUCUCUUAUUUUUGUCGUUACAAUCAUCGUUCUAAGAUGUUUUGCACUCCGUCUUUAUCUAGCAAGAUACGCCUCAUCAAUGAUCGUCCCAACUCACAAUGCCCCACUACCACACUAUCCAAUCGCAUCUUCUAAGGAAGAGCUGCAAACGUGUUUCGGUAGAGAAACUGGUCAGUCUUGGUUAUUAGGUUCGACAAGGUCGUGGGGCUGUAGCUCCGAAGAUUAGCAUGCUGUACAUCCGGAGCCGGUCGUCGCGACAUUGAAUUCUCCUGGAGACUUCGGAUUAUUGAAAACUAUUGCAGAGUGAUUCGUCAAGAGUGUCUCAAAAGAGUGCCUCGGGAAUAAACAAGAAUAAAUAACAAAUAAAUAAAUAAAAAUACAGUAAACGGGAAUAUAUUGAGAAAGUAUAAUUCAACAUGUUUAAAGAAUUUUAGCGAUUAAUAAGAAGAUAGUGUAGUAUUCCAAUAAAAACGCUAGAGAUAAAGACAUCGUCGAAAACAUAAGUGAAGUAAUAAAGUGAAGGCAAGCAGUUACACGCGUGAAUUACGGCGAAUCUCACUUAAAUUCUAAAGUUUAUGCAAUAAAAAAGUAAUUAUAUAUGUGAGCUAUAUGCUACAAUAGACUGCACUAGUUCAACGAUUGUUGAGUACACAAGACAUAAUUAUCUGAGAAAAGUGAUUGGCGCGAUUAAAACGCAAAACCUGUUCUCCGAUGCCUCAACAUGGGUCUAUGUAAUAAUUUUUCUUUUUUUCAUAUUAAAAUAUUUUUCUCUCUUCGAGGCUGUUUAUCAAAAUCAUUAAACACAAAUUAUUCAAAUCUUUUAAUAGGCUGAAUAUUAUUAGAUAGAUUAAUUUUUUAAAUUAAUCUAAAAUACUACAAUUGUCAUUAAAAGAGAAAUAUUCAUUUUAAUGGGACGUUAAAUGAAGUGCGAUAAGAGCGAAAUUAUUAUGUUUGCUGACCUCCUCGUGACGUAUCAGCAUAGAAGACUUCUCGAGAUGGUUAAGAUUUCCAUUUUGAUUGCGUUGCUGCUGCAACUAGGCACGACGGUAGAAGGAGCCCAGUGUCCUGAUUUCUACUCACUUAUAAAUAGACCUGGGACAAAUGAAAUAAUAGGACAGAUCCAAAUUAGAUCCUCGCCAAACACUAAUCAACAACACACUUUGAAAGUGGGUUUUAACACGAAUCCUUUGUUGCAUAAAAAACCAAUCGCUCGAAUAGAAGUGGCAGAAUCGGAACAGGCAUUUUUUCAGGCUGCUGAGCAAGGCAAGCCUUUGUUGUAUCACAUUUUUUUCCCUGUGGGCCAACCGAUUCCAAGACUGACCGAAAUAUGGUUUAAUAAUGUACAAUUUUGCAAUCAAGAAACAUUAAAUUUUCAAACUACUAAAGAGAUAGAAAAAAUUGUGUACUCACCGAGCACAGAAUCAUCUUCGACCACUGUUGCAUCGCCCACUCAAAAUCAAUCACCUCCGUCAUUUUCUACUGGAAUUGGAAAUAAUCCAUUCUUAAAUCCAACACGUCAAGACUCACCAAUGCAUCCAGGGCCACCAAUUCAGCCAGUGCGCCAAAAUCCACCAAUCGUUUCAUUACAAGAUGUUACAACGGUAGUUAAUGACGUCAUUGAAUGCGGUGUACCAUCCAUCAGAUAUAGCGAAAGUCCAAAUCCUCUAGUUGUCGGAGGAGAGAGGACAAGAGAGGGUGAGUGGCCGUGGUUAGCAGCACUCUUCGCUGCAACUAGAAUAGAAAAUUUCCAGUUUCAAUGUGGUGCUUCCGUUCUAACAAACAAACAUGUUAUAACAGCGGCGCAUUGCUUGAAAAUGAACAACUACAAUAACGACACUCUACCUCCCACUGUAUUACUGGUGGCCUUAGGACGAUUUAAUUUAACUCAUUGGCGUGAAAGGGGUAGUAUGAAUCGAGAGGUCGCGAGGUAUGUGAUCCAUCCCGACUAUGCACAUUAUCUAAGCGGCGACUCCGAUUUGGCGAUUUUGAUUCUGAGGAGGCCUGUUGAAUACAGUCUUGCCAUUAGACCUAUUUGCCUAUGGCCUGAUCAUUCAACCGAUAUUCAACACGUCAUUAAUAAGACAGGUUACGUUGUGGGAUGGGGCGAAGAUGCAGGUCAACCUUACACCGAGGAUCCACGAAUGGUGAGAGUCCCAAUAGUGGGCCAGGAGACUUGUCUUCGGAGCGACAAAGUUUUCUGGGAUCUCACAUCGGUGCGCACUUUCUGCGCCGGUUGGCUAAAUUUGAAAGGCCCUUGCAACGGUGACAGCGGCAGCGGGUUUGUGAUGUACGACGCUACCGCUCGCCAUUAUAUGUUACGUGGGAUCGUUUCGCGAUCGACGCUUAACGAUGCACAUUUAUGCGAUCUCAGGAAAUAUGUUGUGUACGUCGACGUGGCCAAGUACCUAAUCUGGAUUCGAGAACAGAUCUCUAAGUGAUCUUUCAUUGCUGAACGCAAAGUGUAUUACUAGUCUACAGAGAUUUGCCUACAAAGUCACGUUGCUUGUAUAUAAGUGAGGAUAAAAAUUAAAAGUUUAAUUCUUGACUUUCUACGGCGAUUCUUUUUAUCGUAAUAAAAUUAUUACGAUGAUAAUGUUAAAAUUUAUUACAAUAUAUAGGUGAAAAUAAACACAAUUGUCUGUUUAUUUUUAACAAUUAAGUAUCAAUUAUAUUAUAACACAUGUUGUAAUAUGUUUAUUAAUGUUUUUAUGGAAUAUUCUGCUGUAGGUAUGUUGUAUUACCUAAACUAAAGUUUGUUUUGUUUUUACGUUAUAAAGAUGAUAAAAAGUACAGAAAAUUAUUGCCGAUAAUUUUGCUCAUGAUUAUAUUACAAACAUAUUAUAUAUCUGUAAACCUAUUCUAAAUAUAGUUUUACUUAUCUAACAUAAUGUAAACAUGAAAAUAUUAUUUAAAUUUAUAAAAUAAAAUUACAAAAAGUUGUUACCUAUA